AUGGCAGAGUGGAAGACGCAGGUGACCUACAGCUAUAACCCGUCCUAUCAGACCUACUACGGGGUUCUGUAUCAGCCCAUGGCGGGACAGAAUCACCUGCCCGCCUGGAGCGAUAGCGGACUCACCGACCUGAGCAGCUACAAUGGCGGCGCUACGCAGAGCGUUGCUACCGAUAUAAAUACCACCAUGACCGGCGAAGAGUCCCCUCCGCGCAGCCCCGAGAGCAGGAAUUGCUACCCGGGAACCGAACUGUCUUAUCUCCAUGACAGCCAUGAAGGGCAGCUAACGCUAGCCGCGCCGCCGCCGGAGAUCUAUGGAGGAGCGGGUGAAGUCAGACGGGCCAGGAGUGAUUCAAUCAGCGACUCUGAAGCGCACACUUCCCCUGAUUCUUGGAGCUCUGUGAGUAGCCGGGAAGGCAGCCUUCCGCAUGUGGACCCCACCACCUGGGUGGAGAGGGACGUCUGUGAGGAGCCGCUCAUCAGGAGCCCAGGUGGCAGCGAAGAUGUUUCCAGCUCCCUGGUGGACUCUCCCCAGAACCUGGUUGUUCAAGAGAACGAGGCCAACAAUAGCCCCAUCCAUGCACAGGCUCCCUUUCCUGCCCCAAAGAAGAAUUGCACUGCUACGUCCACCAAUCCUAAAGCAAAGGUCCGAUCAGCCUUCUCUGAGAGCCAGAUGAACGCUCUCGUCCAGCGCUUCAGUGUUCAGAGGUACCUCACACCAGCUGAGAUGAAGAACCUGGCAGAAAUGACUGGACUGACCUAUAAACAGGUGAAGACAUGGUUUCAGAACCGGAGGAUGAAGCUGAGGAGGCAUCAGAAGGAUACGAGCUGGGUGUCUGAGCGUUAUUCCAUCCGCAAGGAGAACUCCUAUCACAGACCCGUCUUCUCCAACAUGGCCUCACACAUCCCACCUUAUCAAGCAGAUGGCCACCCCCAGUUCAGGGGUCAUUACAACCAGCACAUCAUGGAGGCAACUUAUAAGAAGACCUCACAGAACCUGGCCUACUACCUUGCUGCUGGAUCUGCUGGGUAUCCACCGUGGCCCACUAACGCGUCACAAGCAGUCAUGCCCAACCGGCCCCAUCCGGCUGGCUGGGCGGUGCCACAAGGAGGCGUUUCCUUUGAUUACAACCCCUGCGCAAACAACUAUGUACACGCCACUACUGCUGAGAGCAAGGACCGGGAGCCUGUCAGCAGCUCCAUGAACACAGCUAUGGUUCAUGAUAGGAACCAGUAG